AUGAGGCUCCGAGUUCCUAGGAUAAUCCGGUCAUCUCUCAGCGCUUGCCGGCCACGAGAUCUAUUCGACGUCGUCGAGACUUGCGCUGUAACAAGUAACACGACUUCUUCCGAGAGAUUCUUCACAACCGAAGUCAAAACCAAAACUCCUCCAAGCAGAAGCAGUCACAGACCAAAGUCUUAUGGUUUCUCUGCUUCACCCAUAUUCCCUCCAAACCCUUUCUACGAAGAAAGCCAAAAAGACAAAAAGAUCAAGACAAAAAGGAAGCAGAGAUCAUCACAGUUUGGUUCCGAUUCUCUCGUUGCCUCACGUUUUAAGUCAAGUGGGUCUUGGUGCUGGUCUUGUAGCGAAGAAGAAAGCGACGACACGGAUACACUCUUUUCUUCAAGAAGCUUCUCCUCGGACUCUUCCAAGGCGGAGAGCUUUGCGGUGGUGAAGAAGUCGGAGGAUCCGUACGAGGAUUUCAGGACGUCAAUGGUGGAGAUGAUUGUCGAGAGACAGAUAUUUGCAGUGGCUGAUCUACAACAGCUUCUUCAGUGUUUUCUAUCGUUAAACUCUCGUCAACACCACGGGUUUGAAGGUGAUAUAGCACCGCUUCGUGACCAGAGUCCCUCGAGGACAAAUGUGUCUAGCGCCUUUUCUUCUCGUUUGCAAGAGAUUGUUGAACAUCAUCGAACGCAUACUUCUGCACCCAUGGUAGACUAUGAAGCACCCUCCAUGGAGGAAUCAUUAGUUGAGUUCACCGGAGAGGAUUGCUUUGGUCGGUACUUGGUCGUGCAGGAUAUAUGUUGCGACAAUCAGCUGGAACGCCCAAUGGGUUGGGAUGGGAAGCCUAUACCAUACUGGCUCGACAAACUUGGCCUUGGCCAGGAGUACAGAUGCGAGAUAUGCAGCAACCGUAGCUAUGCGGGGAAGAAGGCUUUUGAGAGACAUUUUAAAGAAUGGCGCCACCAACAAGGAUUGCUGCUGAAUGGAGCAUCGAUUGAGGAAGCAAGAGCAGGGUGCAUGGGGUUGCCAACACAGAUGCGCAACCCCUGGCCACUCGGGGUUGAUGGGAAAGUCAGACCACCACUUGAUCUUUCGCAAAUAACGGAUCAGGGAACCGAAGGAAACGAUUCAGUUCAAGCUCCGGCGAUUCUAGAUGCUUACCUAGCUGAUGCGGAGAGAAUGGUACAUAAUCACCUAAGUGGUGCCACUGAUGGUUCGCUAUGGCUCCCUCCGGCUGGGUACAGGGAUGCUUCGCUGCUUCAAGAACCUCUCAAGUUUACAUGUAGAGUCCCUCAAGGGAUCACGGGCAAGGAGCUUGAUAUUAUUGAGCUCGCAGCCCAGUUUUGGGCGCUGAAUGGUGGGCGUCUCUGGGAGGGCUGUAAGGAGAGAAGUAAUACGGAUCCUCAGUUUGAGUUUAUGAAGCCAACUGGUGGCAGCAGGUCCACUCUCUUCCGUGAACUUGCUUCAGCAUAUUUCGAAGUAGUAAAUCGUCCUGAAAUCUUGAAAGAAACGCUGAAGGAGGAUGCUGCUGAUAUGGAGACUGUUCUUGAGAAUUGUUUCUAUCGUCUUCAGUUGGAUCGAUUCCUGGAGGAGGAGGAGGAUAAGGCAAGGGAGGAGCAGGACAAGGAUAAGGCAAGGGAGGAGGAGCAGGACAAGGAUAAGGCAAGGGAGGAGGACAAGGAGAAGGAGAAGGCAAAGGGUUGUGUUACAGUCUGCGUUUAUGCUCCAGACUGCGCAUCCAGGUUUUAUCAAGAUUAUUUCGAUUUCGAUAUGGUUUCCUUGUCCGAAACCGUGGCAAGUUUGAAGGAGAAGAUAGCCCAAAAGGUUAGGAUUCCAGCAACCCAUCAGAUUCUAUGUGGAAAAUUCGGUAUUUUGGAGGACAACAACAAGUCACUUGCACACUACAAUGUGGGUCACUUAAACAUUCUGGACCUGUCCUUCAAGGGUUUUAACUUUUAA